AUGAAGGAAAUGUUAGUCAAAUGUCGUGAUUAUUACAAAGAUAAUGAAAAAGAACUGGAGAAAAUCGAUGAGUUCGAAGAAAAGUAUAAAAAAGAGAAAGCCGUUUAUUGGUACACAACACCUACCUUUGUCUCGAAACUAAUCAACAAAGCACUGCGGACAGAAGACAUGCAUGCACUUUACAUCUGUCGAGCUUACAUUGCUGAUCUUUCCGAGCAAUUACAUAAAGAAUAUGAAGAAUAUAAACAACUAUUAAUUGAUUACAAACAACCUCUAGAUCAAUGGACAGUUUAUCACGGCCGAAACAUGUCUCAAGAAGAAAUUGUUCUUCUCCGACAGAAAAUAGGACAAUUGAUCUCUAUGAACGGAUUUUUAUCCACUAGCAAACAAAAGGAAGUGGCCGAUCUGUAUGCAAAGGACGUGCUAUUUAUCAUUGAAACCACAUUCGAUUUAUCCUAUGGAUGCUUCGCUCAUGUGGCACCAAUGAGUGUAUGGCCCGAAGAAGAUGAAGUUCUAUUUGAUCUAGCAUCUGUAUUCAAAAUCAAGGAUGUGAAAUACGAUGAAACCGAACAGAAGUGGAAUGUUUAUUUAGUCACGUCGGACGAAGGAACACAUGUCCUUCAAGCCCAUAUCGAUUCGGUGAGACAAGAAGCAGAUGAACUGAAUAUUGAUUUGAUUUUUGCUCGAUUGCUGAUUCAAAUAGGUGAAUAUCAAUUAGCGAAUGAUUAUUUAACCAAAUUAGCCUCUAUUAUUCCAGCGGAAGAAGACAAUCGAGACUUAGCCUUGAUCUACCACUAUCAUGGAUCGAGUUUAGAUCGCGCAGGGAACUAUGCUCAAGCGAUGGUCGAAUACGAAAAGACUUUAGCAAUGCAACAACGUCUAUUCCCAGAAGGACAUUCGGAUCUUGGCGAGACCUUAGGUGGAAUUGGUUUAGUUUAUGAUAACAUGGGCAAAUACGAUCUUUCUAUAGAGAAGCAUCUUCAGGCUUUAGCUAUGGGUGAGAAAACAUUGCCCAAAGAUCAUGUUCAUAUUGCGGAAGCGUUAAAUAACGUUGGUCUGUGCUAUUUUAAGAUGGGAAAAUCCGACCUGGCGCUUGAAUAUGCAGUCCGAGCAUUAGAAAUGAGGCAAAGACAGUUUCCACAUGAUCAUCCUGAUUGCUACAUGCUGAAUAAUAUUGGAUUAGCGUAUCAUUAUUCUCAUGAAUAUGAGAAAGCCCUCGUCAAUUUUCAGCAAUCAUUAGAAAUGAGACAACGUUGUUUACCGCCGGAUCAUGCUGAUAUUGCUGGUUCCUUCUGCAAUCUAGCUGCCGCUCAUCUAGCCCUAAAGCAUUUCGAUGAAGCAAUCGAUUAUAGUCUGAAAGAUUUGUUCAUGAGUGAAAAGACACUACCUCCUGAUCACUCGGAACUGGGUAUUACUCAUCAUUAUCUUGGUCAAAUUUAUCGGGCAAAGUAUCCAGACGGUACUCUUGCACUACAACAUUACGAAAAAGCCAUUGAAAUCUAUAUGAAAACUUUGCCACGGCAUCAUCCUUAUAUUGGAUGA